CAUGGGCGACGCAUUCGUCCAGCGCAGGCACCGCGCGCUUCCGAAGGACAGCUUAUGGUCCUACCCGCACCUCUGUCUUGCCAGUGUCGCGUGUUCCGCCGGUCUUGGGUGGCUAUUCUCCAGCCCGAGCGCCGUCUUUUCAUACGAUCUCCGACGCUCCUCCAGUGGCCGGAGACCGGUGCUGGACGCCGUGCGUCCUCAUCUGAGAAUGGUGCAUGUGUCCUCUGCUAUUCUUCUUCCGCAUGGGCCGACUUGUUUUUGAGGGCCCCUGGCUUGCCGCUUUCCGCCCGCCGCCUUCGCCAGCGGCGCGCUUCCCGUGGUGGACAACUGACUCGUAAACGGGUUGGUGCUCGAAGUGGUUACCGAGGAGUUGGAACUGUGCUUGUGGGCGAUGGACGCUGGACGCUGGACGACGGAGGCAUUGAUGAGGGAUUGACACCGCUUUCCAGUGUCAGCCCACUCCAUCGUCAGGUGAUGCCGUGGCCGUGA